UUUUAACUUCAUGACUAAAAGUGAUUAAGGCAAUUUGGUCAUUUAGCUCAAUAAAUAGCAUAUUGUUCUGUUGUAAAGUAAGCAAGUCGGUUUAGUUUCAUACCUUUAAAGCCAGCUUUUAUUUAUUCAUAACCACAGCUACAACAAGAGAAAGAAAACAAUUAUCAUACCACAGAGAAAGAUCAAGAAAAGAGAAAAGACAUAUUGGAUCAAUGACAACCCGGAAACAGAUAUUGGAGCAGCAACAAUCACAAAUGCAGAGAUUGAAGCAUUCAGGUACUAUUAGUACCAAUGAAAGUCCAAUAAGUGAUGACAAGGAGGAGGAGAUGUCAAGAUCAGCAUUGGCUAUGUUUCGAGCCAAGGAAGAAGAGAUUGAGAGGAAGAAAAUGGAAGUGAGAGAUAGGGUUCAGGCUCAGUUGGGACGAAUCGAAGAAGCAACCAAACGCUUAGCUGGGAUACGAGAAGAGCUUGAAGCUCUCACAGAUCCACUGCGGAAAGAAGUUUCAAUCGUGCGAAAAAGGAUAGAUGCAGUUAACAGGGAGUUGAAGCCACUGGGGCAGACCUGCCAGAAAAAGGAGAGAGAAUACAAAGAAGCACUUGAAGCUUUUAAUGAGAAAAAUAAGGAAAAAAGUCAACUAGUUUCCAAAUUAAUGGAGCUGGUGGGUGAAAGUGAGAAACAGAGGCUGAAGAAGCUAGAGGAAUUGAGCAAAAACAUUGAAACACUUCACUAAUCGAAUCAUGCUAAUAAUAGCAAUAACCAGUCAUGUUACAUAAGCUUGAUGUAAUUAGAAUCAUGUCUUUGAAUUUGUUGUAUACUUUGUGAUUUCUUUUUUCAGUGGUUUUGAUCAUUGGAGGCAGUUUGCUGAUAUAGGAAACAGAAGAUUACCCACCAAACUGCAGGUUUGGUACUAAACAUAUUGUUAAGCUUUUGGACUUUCUCUUAAUUCUUGUAUUCAAAUGUAAGAUAUGCUUGUUCAAUCAUGAAAACUGAAAUUUGGAUGGGUGA